AUGCAUAUGCUGAUUUUGGCGGUUUGGCUUUUGAAGCUCAUUAACCAGAAAAAGGCAAGCAAAGGAGGGCGACCGGCUGAUAGCAGUGGAGUGCGCUAUAUCUGUUUUAGGUUUACUAGUGAGUUGACGGCAGUGCCCCUUCAAACUGCUAUGUUGCAUAUGCUGAUUGGCAACAAUUCGGCUAUUGCAACAAUUGCUUGCCUGGGAAAAAAUCGAUGUUCUCUUGGAGUUGCUAAUGCUGUGUUUGGAGAAGAUCCAUGCCGGGGUGUUGUGAAGACUUUGGCGGUUGAGGCAAGAUGCAUAUCGCCUGCAUACAGCUUUGGCUCUUCAGCUAUAUAG